AUAUUCUGCUUUAUUAAUUUUCUCUUUAACCUGGUGUUUUUUUCUUCCCACAACUACACAAAAACUCUCAAUGCUGUAGCAUAAGAAGACAAUUCAGGGAUCAAGAUGAAGAGGUUCUACCUCUUCUUUGUGGCCUGCACCUGCUACUUUUUCACUUUGGUAUUUGCAACCCAGAAGCAUUCAGCAAAUAGUCUUUUACCUAGUUCCUACAGAGUGGACUUGGACUGUGGAGAACCAGGAACACCGACAGCCCAUGUGUGUUCUGAUCCCUGUGUUAACUACACCACACUUGUUGAACCCUGGAGAAGCUUGAACCAAACAGUUAACAAGAAGAUGUGUGAUGUUGAUAAAGAAGGCUGGUAUCGGUUUUCCGGACCAGGUGGGGUACGGAUACCAGAGAAAUGUGUGCCAGUUAAUAGAUGUGGUACAGAUGCCCCAAUGUGGCUGAAUGGGAGCCAUCCAUCAAAACAGGAUGGUAUUGUUAGUCGCACAGCCUGUGCUCACUGGAGCAGUAAUUGUUGCCUCUGGAAUACAGUAGUGAAGGUGAAGGCUUGUGCUGGGGGAUUCUAUGUCUACAAGCUAAGUGGCACUCCUGAGUGUGACGUGGCGUAUUGUACAGACCCUAGCACUACCGAUGAUAAGCCUGAGCCAACAUGUGAUCCCAGCUGUUCUCCCCAAGAGGAAUGUCUACUUGUCAAUGGCACCUGGGGCUGUCACUGCAGAAAAGAUCUCAAUAUUUCUGAUAUUGACAGCUUGCGCCCUCUACUGAAAUGUGGAGCCAAUGACAUCCAAUUGUCUCUGGACAAGUGCCAACUGGAGAGUUUGGGGUUAACAGGAAAGAUAUUUGGAUACCUCAAAGACCAAAACUGCAGUGGGUUUUUGAAGACAAAUGAGAGAAACUCGCUGACAGUGGUGAGCCCCACACAGGUUGGAGCCUGUGGAACAAUUCUGGAGAGAAAUGAAACUCAUGCUAUUUAUAAAAACACCCUGACCUUGGCCGAUCAGCUCAUCAUCAGAGAAAACAUUUUCAAAAUUGACUUUCAGUGUGCCUACCCACUGGAUAUGAAAGUCAGCCUCCAAACAGCCACAAAGCCCAUUGUCAGUGCUCUGAACAUUAGUGCCGCUGGCUCAGGAAAAUUCCUAGUGAGAAUGGCUCUCUUCCAAGACAAGAAUUACACCACCCCUUAUGAAGGUUCUACCGCUGUAUUGUCUGUUGAAGACAUGCUCUAUGUCGGUGCCAUUUUAUAUCAAGGGGACACCUCCCAGUUCAACUUAGUGAUGCGGAACUGCUAUGCUACACCCACUAACGAUGCAACCAACCCUUUGAAGUAUUUCAUCAUUAGGAACAGCUGCCCAAACUUAUACGAUUCAACCAUCAAAGUGGUGGAAAAUGGGAUGUCUUCACAAGGUCGCUUUUCAGUUCAAAUGUUUAUGUUUGCUGGAAAUUAUGACCUUGUCUAUCUACACUGUGAAGUUCAUCUUUGUGACAAAUUGAAAGAACGAUGUCAUCCAUCUUGCUCUGGAGCUCAACAACGCAGUGAAGUUACAAUCAACACAUCUCAUGUUCUGAAUUUGGGACCUAUUGCCCGGAGAGUAGAUUCCUUAUCGGUCCCUGUCAAAAGUGGAGUCGACAGCCCCUUAGGGUUCCUAGUGAUUGGGCCAGGGAUGCUGCUGUCUAUCCUUGGAAUUUUGUUGUUCCAUUAAUCUAGCCAGAUAUCUUGGCUAUAGAAAUGGUACUCUCUUCUAUCAAAUGAAGCUCGUGCAUCCUGGAUAUUGCCUUUUAACUCUCCAAAGGACAUAGAAAAUAUGGUUUAGUAAUAGUUGUGAAGUAGGGGCAAAUAUGUAGUAUUUCUCUCUUUUAAAAAAAAAUUAACUGAA